UAAAAAAAAAUUGAUUUAAAUUCACUCCAAAAUUUGGAGGUUAUUAAUUAACUGUCUAAAUAAUUUAUUAAUUAUUGGUGAUCAUGACGUGUGAAAAGUAAUUGUUAAAAAAAAAAUGAAGUUUUAAUUUUAUUAAUGUUUUCAGGGUUUCAUCAUGACAGGUAGGUGGGAAGGAAAUAAAAGAGAUAAAUUGAAUGAUGAGUCCAAAUAAAUACAAAAAUAAUACAAACUCAUCAAUGGCGUCUAACGGAUACUCAGCGACUUCCAAGCAAACCAAGGGCUUCAAUCCACCACCUUGUGAGUCGGUGAACUCGAUGCCAUGGUUCGGUAUGGACAUCGGUGGUACCCUUUGCAAACUGGUGUACUUUGAGCCAAAAGAUAUCACGAGGGACGAAGCCGAUGCAGAAGUUGAAACUUUGAAAAAUAUUAGGAGAUAUUUGACGAAAAAUUCAGCCUACGGGAAAACUGGACAUCGAGAUACUCAUCUUCAGAUGGACAACGUUGAAAUUCGCGGCAGAAGAGGAACCCUUCACUUCAUAAGAUUUCCCACCAGUGAAAUGGGAAACUUCCUAGCACUGGCGAAGUCCAAGGGUAUGGCGAACUUAGUAACAACAGUCUGCGCGACAGGAGGAGGUGCUUUCAAAUUCGAGGAAAAUUUCAAGCGAGAGGUGAACAUGAGUCUCGCUAAAUUCGACGAAUUGCACAGUUUAAUCCGCGGGAUGCUCUAUAUCGAGACGACGAAUCCUCACGAGUGCUACUACUGGGCAAAUCCUACUGAUGACACACUUUGCCAUAAAGUUCCUUUUGAUUUUUCUGAGCCUUAUCCGUUUAUACUGGUAAAUAUUGGAUCCGGAGUCAGCAUACUAGCGGUGUACGGCCCAGACAACUUCAAAAGAAUAUCCGGCACCAGUUUAGGAGGUGGUACAUUUCUGGGACUCUGUUGUUUGCUAACUGGCUGCAAUACUUUCGAAGAAGCCAUUGAAUUGGCGACAGGAGGCGACAACACUCGGGUGGAUAAGUUGGUUAAGGAUAUUUACGGUGGCGAUUAUGGUCCUUUCUGUCUUCCGGGUGAUCUGGUCGCGAGCAGUUUCCUACAAUUGUGCAGUUUCGGCCAAAUGAACUCUAAAGACCGGAGGCAAGCUGUUAAUAAAGAGGACUUAGCACGCGCGACACUCGUUACCAUUACCAACAACAUAGGGUCCAUUGCACGGAUGUGUGCCGUUAAUGAAAAAAUUGAGCGGGUAGUAUUUGCUGGUAAUUUUUUGCGGGUGAAUCCAAUUUCCAUGAAAUUGUUGGCCUAUGCUAUGGAUUAUUGGUCUAAGGGAACACUAAAGGCUCUAUUUUUAGAGCACGAGGGUUACUUUGGUGCAGUGGGAUGCCUAUUGCAAUUCAACGGAGAAACAAUUUAGAUAAUUUUAAUAAAAUAG